AUGGUGCGCAGCUUGUGCAUGGCGGCCAUAGUCGCGGCGACCGCGUCGGCCAUGCCGGCGUACCCACCGGGCGUCCGCUUGGAGCUCACACGCCUCGCGUCGACGCACGAAGAGGUGAUGCUGCAGUCGCUCAAGGAGAACCCUGCGGCCGUCGAGAUGAGCCUCGUGCUCGGCCAAGGGGUGCACUCGGUCGAGAUCUUUUUCGGGCACCAGAAGCGCCUGCUCAUCGUCGACACGGGCAGCGCCGACACGGCCUUUCCGUGCACGGGCUGCGUCGACUGUGGCGCUCGGCACACCAACCCGCUCUACGUCAUGGGCGACAGCGCGUCGUACCUCUCGUGCGCCGACAACAAGAAGCGCGGCUUCUCGCCAUGCAAGUCGUGCACGAGCGACGAACAUUGCGCGUUCGCCGAAGAGUAUGUCGAGGGCUCGGGCUGGAAAGCGCUCAAGGUUCAGGACACUGCGUACUUUGAGGACCGCCCGGAUCUGAGCGCGAAUCUCGUCUUUGGCUGCAUGCAGAGCGAGUCCGGCGCCUUUCUCUCGCAGCGCGCCGACGGCAUCAUGGGCAUGAGCCAGGACCCGGACGCGGUCCACGUCCAGUUCUUCAUGGAUGGUGUCACGACGCUCCGCGGCUUCUCGCAGUGCAUCGCCGAAGACGGCGGCUCGAUGGUGAUUGGCGGCCUCGACGUCUCGCGCAACCUCCCGUCCGAGACCAUGGUGUUUACACCGCUCCGGGACACGGGCUACAGCUACUGGACGGUCUCGCUCGAGUCGAUAUCGGUCGGCGGCCACCAAGUCGACGUCGACACGAGCAUCUACAACGCACACCGCGGCUGCGUCUUUGACAGCGGCACGACGUUUGUGUACAUUCCGAGCGCGGCCAAGGCGGGGUUCCAAAAGCAGUGGACAGCGGCCGUCGGCGAAGACUCGGAGCACGCGGCGUACAUUGAUGGCGGCGACUACACGCUGUCGCGGCUCGAGCUGCAAGCGCUUCCGAGCAUCUGCUUCCAGUUUGCCAACGACGCCAGUAUGUGCAUCCCGCCGACGCAGUACAUGGUGCACGACUUUGGCGACACGUACACCGCCACGAUCUUCUUUCAGGACUUUGCACAGGCGACCAUCAUUGGCGCGUCGAUGCUGCAGGACCACAACAUCAUGUACGACAUGGACAACCACCGCAUUGGCUUUGUGCGUGCGCACUGCGGCAGCAACAGUAAGCUCGAAUCGGUCGCGCUCGUGACGGCGCUCGGCGGCGACGCGUUCACGCCCGAGUGGAGUGUCGCCAAGUUGCUCAGCGAUAUACCGGCCAUCACGGGCUUUGUGUUUGGCGUGGGCCUCCUCCUCUUUGUGAGCGAGCUCUACGCCGCGGUGUCGUCCUACAAACGCGCGCCGUCGGCGCCCCGGCCAUUGCAGGAGCCGCUGCUCGAAGGCUCGCACGAGGCUUGCGCCGAAGGACUCAUCUUCGGCGACAGCGACACCACCUCGUUUGCGCUGCACUCUGUCUAG